UGUAAAACAAUCAGGGACUGUAGAUCGCCUGUGAAGUCAAGCGAGGACAGAGUGAAGUUCAAUAUUUUGUGUACUUUAGGUAAAUUCACAGCUAACCACUGGGGAAGGACCAACAACUUCCCUGGUACUGCUGUCAAUGUUUGAAUCACAAUAACUAGAAAGGCUGGCGCAGAAUGUAACUACCAACACCAGGGACUGUGUGUCUAUAGGUUCCAACAACAACAAAAAUUAAAACAACCGCAUCUACAUGCCACACGAUAUCGUGAAAGUCAAGAUGUGAAACUUGAUAUAGCAGACUCUACAGUGUGUAGCUCGUCGAUCGACCGACAGCGCCUGGAGGAGGAACAGCUUACAAGUGCGAAAGAGGAAGGAAAUACAAGUUAAGAUGGUCGACAGCAAGCUGUCUUUCUUAAACUGCGAGAUUUGCAAAGAUGACCACAUAAGGAGGAAUGGUCUAGUUGUUCAGGAGGCCCUGUGCAUUUAAAAAUGUCCUCAAGAAAAGACUAGGUGACAUUUCAGCUGGGCCACUCAAGAUGUAUUUGUUGCUGUAGUCAGUAGGUGUUGCAGUCCGGGCGCCUUGUUUAUAUAGCUGCCACCCUGUCUCCAACACAGAGCGGCUGCAUUAGCCGAGAAGGAUCGGGAUUAAGAGCGGAAGGCCCCAGGCACAGUCAUGGAGCCGGGUUCCCAGAGCGAGCGAGCCCAGUUGCCCAGAAACAUGAUUGAAAAUAGCAUGUUUGAAGAGGAACCGGAUAUAGUUGACUUGGCCAAAGAGCCACGCCUUCAUCCCUUGGAACCUGAUGAAGUUGAAUAUGAGCCCCAUAGUUCACGACUGCUGGUGCGUGGCUUAGGAGAGCAUGACCUGGAAGAUGAUGAAGAAGACUAUGAAUCUUCUGCAAGGUUAUUGGGCAUGUCAUUCAUGAACAGGAGUUCCAAUCACCGCAAUAACAUGUCAGGGGUUUAUAAUCGGGAAGCAUCAUGGGGACCUUGUUCCUUUUCUUCUGCUCGGACUGUACUUGUUGGAGCAUUUGUCGUGGUAAUUAUACUUUCAAUAGCGAUGGUCGUCUACUUUCUGCCAAAAUGUACCUUCACCAAAGAAGGCUGCCAUAAAAAGAAUGCAACUUUAACUCCCAUAUAUCCUUUGGCAACCAAUGGCCAGGUAUUUCCUUGGCCAAAGAUGAGAUUAUCUAAUGCUGUUGUACCAGUGCAUUAUGAUCUUACUUUGCAUCCCAAUCUUACCACGAUGAAAUUCACAGGUUCUGUGCAAAUAACCCUCCUAGUCAAGGAGGAUGUCAAUAACAUCACUCUCCACAGCUAUGGUCUCAAUAUCAGCAAAGCAACCAUUGUUCCAGAGGCAUCUACUCAAGCAAAGGAUGUCCAGAUUUUGGAAUACAGACCACAUCAACAAAUUGCAAUUACAGUUAAUCCAGCACUAUUGAAUGGAAAAACAUACACACUGAAUCUGGAAUAUGCAGCAAAUCUGUCUGAUGGUUUUUCAGGAUUUUACAAAAGCAGCUAUCAAAGUAAAAACAAAACAAGAAUAUUGGCUGCCACACAGUUUGAACCAUCUUCAGCACGAAAGGCUUUCCCAUGCUUUGAUGAACCAGCUUUUAAGGCAACUUUUACAAUCAAGAUAAUCAGGGAAGCUGAGCACAUCGCAUUAUCCAACAUGCAGAAGAAUGAUACCAUAUCACUUGGCAAUGGACUGUUUCAAGACACAUUUGCAGAAAGUUUAACCAUGAGCACUUAUUUGGUAGCAUUUAUUGUGGCUGAAUUGAAGAAUGUCAGCAAGGUGACUGAAAAUGGAAUUCUGGUAUCUGUAUAUGCUGUUCCUGACAAAAUGGAUCAAAUGCAUUAUGCGUUAGAAGCAUCAAUGAAGCUUCUGAAGUUUUAUGAAGACUUCUUUAAUAUAUCCUAUCCUUUAAAGAAACUAGAUUUGGUAGCUAUUCCUGAUUUUGAAGCAGGAGCCAUGGAAAAUUGGGGCCUAAUCACUUUCCGAGAAAUAACACUCCUUUACAAAGAAGAUUCUGCAUCAGUACUGGACAAACAGAUAGUUAGUAUGGUGAUAGCUCAUGAAUUGGCUCAUCAGUGGUUUGGUAACCUGGUGACUAUGGAAUGGUGGAAUGACCUUUGGUUAAAUGAAGGAUUUGCCACCUUUAUGGAAUUCUUUUCACUUGAAAAAGUAUUCCCUGAACUCCAAGUGGCUGAUCGCUUUUUACAUACUCGAUUUAAAGCAAUGGAAAAGGAUUCGAUGAAUUCAUCCCACCCUCUCUCGACUCCAGUUAAAACUGCCGAACAAAUUGAGGAAAUGUUUGAUUCAAUUUCAUAUGAAAAGGGGGCUUCCAUUCUUUUGAUGUUGAAGGACUUUCUUAGUGAAACAGUUUUCCAGCAAGGAAUUAAGAGAUACUUAAAUGAACAUAAGUAUCAGAAUACGAAAAAUGAAGAUUUGUGGAACAGUAUUGCAAAAGUAAAAAAUGUAGAUUUCAAUGUGAAAGAAAUGAUGAAAACUUGGACGCUCCAGACAGGGUUCCCUGUGGUCACUGUUAAAUUAGACACAACUGCUAAUAAAAUCCACCUCAGUCAAGAACAUUUCCUCAGGAUCUCCAUUUCACAGGAUCCAUCAUCCUCACCCAAUUCCAGUUACCUGUGGCACAUUCCAUUGACGUACAUGACCAGCAGUUGCAGUAAUUAUGGCCAACCCCAGUGUAUCAAAACAUGGUUCCUUAAGAGCAAAACAGAUGUUAUUGACCUUCAAGAACCAAAUGUGACCUGGGUGAAAUUUAACGUGAAUAUGAGUGGGUAUUACAUCAUACAUUAUGAAGGGGACAUCUCGAUGGAAUUAAGUGGAUUAUUGCAAAAUAACCAUUUAGCUCUCAGUGACCAAGACCGAGCUGGCCUCAUUAAUAAUGCAUUUGUGCUUGCAAGUACGGGGAAAGUCUCAAUGCAACAGGCAUUGUCCAUGACCAAGUAUAUGAAAAACGAAAGCAGUAAUGCACCAAUAGCUGAAGCAUUGUUUCAACUCCACAAUAUCUACUGGCUUGUACAAAAGAGGGGAAUGCUGCAACUCACUGACCGGAUGGAGAAAUAUAUUUUUGAUAUUUUUGGUGACCUGAUUGAUCAUCAGACCUGGAGUAAUGAUGGAUCAUUGUCUGAAAGGCAACUUCGUGCUAUCCUUCUCACUGUAGCAUGUGACUACAACUAUGGCAACUGUGCCCAGAAUGCAAGUGAACUGUUUAACACGUGGGAGAAUACCAAAAACCUGAGUGUCUUACCAUCUGAUCUCACAAGGACAAUCUAUACUGUUGGAGCACGUGAUGACAAGGGCUGGACCUUCAUACGUCAGAUGUAUAAUACUUCGCAGGUGGAGGCAGAGAAAAGGAAAAUGCUACAAGCCCUGGCAAAAAGCAGCAAUCCUCAACAGCUAAUUGGGUUAAUGCAAGAAAGCCUGCAACAUGAAACAAUAAGGGCACAGGAACUGCCUUCCAUUCUUGCUACUGCUAGCAAAACCUUGGUCGGAUAUCUCUUUGCUUGGGAUUUUGUGAAGGAAAAUUGGGAUAAUAUAGUUAAGAAAUUUCAGCUUGGAUCAUUUACUGUUGAAACCAUCAUUACUGAAACAACAUCCCAUUUUUCAACAAAGACUCGCCUGUUUGAGAUUCAAACAUUUUUUGAUUCACUGAAGGACGAGGGUUCACAGUUGAGGGCUGUCCAAGAAGCACUCGAAAUAAUUCGUCUGAACAUUCAGUGGAUGGACAAAAAUUUGAAAAGCCUAGAAGAGUGGCUAUAGAAUUUAUUCUGUAUUUUCUCUUCAGUAAAUACACCUAUGUGCUAAGUGAUGCUAAAUUGCAGUAGUAUAAAGCAGGAUGAAGUCAGUCGUCACUCACAGUAACAUCAGUUUGCACUAUUGGAGGAUUGUAGUUAGCUCAGGGUAACUUACUGUUUGUUUAAUCAUUGAAAUUUAGUUGUGAUUGUGAGGAGCUGCAGACCAAACGCUAGGAAUCUGGUGAUGGGUGAAUGAAUUUACAAAAGAAAAAUAAGCAAAAUAGUUAUUUUGAGUUCUUGGUUUUAACUAUUUAGCAUGUGAGUGGGGAGAUCAAGAAUGUGUGUUAGGUAGCAUAUAAAGACAGAAUGUUCAGCUUACCCAGCAAUGUAACUUUCUGUUUUGCCAUGUGCUUUGCAGUAGGGAUUGUUCAUUUGUCCCAUAAUGUUUUAAUGUUGGAUGUGGCAUAUUGCUGCUGGCCCUCACCAUAAUAAUUCAGCAACUACUGAAAAGUGGAUACUCACUCCUUUGUAAGGCAAAUUCAUGGCCUUUAGCACAAAGCUAGUCAUAUGUAGUAUAUGGUGUAUUUCCUUAUAUUGUAUUAGGAAUACAAGCAAAAUGAACCCAUAUAACCUGAAUUCCUACAUCAUUAUUGAAGCCACUGUUUUGACCGAAAAGAAUGUGAUCCCCAAAAUGCUGAAUCCAACAAAACAAGAAAUUGAUUUUAUCCAGUUGUUAUGACCUAGAAUCUCCAGCUACUGUACAUUUUUAUUAGUUGACCAUCACCUGCAAGUUGAAUCAACUGAAUUAUACAUUUUUUGUUAAAAAAUGACUUGGCGAUGUAUUAUGGAAAGAACUGUGAAGCUCUGAGUUUACAAUACCACCUUUUAUUCUAGGAUACUAUGGUGACCCUGUCGAGCUUUGCUAUCAUGUGGUCAGAUUCACUCGAACAAGUUUGUACCAUGUCUCACUCCCAGUCAUCUAUAUUUAUUUAACAGAUUAAUGCAUUUUAUGUACAACUGAUGUUUGCAAAUUGUGUGAGACAACCAAUCAGAGUUUAACAGAAUUUUUAAAAAAGGCUACUUCUGUGCUUUAUAUCAGAAUGUAUUACAAUUGAGUGAAUUACAAACAGUUAUGUGUCAAUAAAUGCAAAAUAUAUUUACAAAUGACGGAAGUUAGGCAUGGACUUUGUGCUAUGAAAAAUCUAAAGGAUGUGCAAAGAAUUUAACUAAUUCUAGUGUUAAAUGAAUUAUUAACCUCAGGUACUGACAAUAACGUGGAUUAAGAAAUGUUAAGUGUGAUAUUUACUGACAAAUCUGGAUGGUCUGCUUAUGCAAAAGAAUCAUGUUCUCUGUAAAUAAGCUGAGUAAACUGAGAGUACUGGUGCAAUGUUACUGAUGCAAAGAACUCAAUCCUCAAAAGUACACCUAUGACCAAGUAAUUUGCGUUUUGACCUUUAUUCUAGUCUUUUCCCUUACCAUCUGGUGAACACAUUUUGUUUCUUCAUAAUUGCCAUUAGCAAACUUCUAAAAUGUACUUUCUAGUCAUUGAAGCCACUUUUUUGUGGGAAAAUUAGAAAUAUGUAAUAAAUAGUUUGCCCUAUGUAUGUAACCUUAAAUGGAAGCCAUAUUCACAAAAUUGAAAAACAAAAGGAAAGGUACCCAAAAUAAUGCUACUGUAUUGACACUGCUCAUCUCUCAGGUCUAAGGCUUUAACUAUACAUAUGUGGUUUGUAAGAGUUUAAUGGUUCAGAGUGAAAAUAGAACUGCUACAAUUUGGAAAACUAUACAUUAUUUUUGAAAUUUUAAUAAAACUUCAUUAAUCAUAUAAAUUUCAGUUUGCAGUUGCUUUACAAACUUUCAAAUAUAUCUUUUAACUGUUUAAAAUGUGGUGUUAUAUGUAUUUAAGAUUUUUUUUAUUCUUUCAAACUUGUAUGAUUGCACAAUAUUUUUGCUUGUAAUUAAGAUAGAUCUUUUAUGAACAAUGACAAAAUGUUUAAAUUACUAUUCCUUCUCAUUUGUUUCUCUGAGUCUGAUUAGUAAAUUUUAUCAAAAUUUUGGAUUGGUAGCUUUGGUUGUUCACAAACAAAUGUACUGCAAAAUAUUGGUGCAGUUUGUGAAGUAUAAAUAAAUUGUUUGAUGAUGGCAUUUCUGAAUAGACAGCUCUGCAAAUUCGUCUUUGUAUAGUUUUAUAAGUUUAUGCAAGUGUGUCUUUUACUUGAUUAACUUGAUGUGAAAGCAUUGCUGAAAGGCUAUCACUUAAUGUAUUUUGAGCUGAUUAAUUCCAAAUUGAAAUUUAUAGUCUGAAGUUCAUAUUGUAAACAGAGAUUUUGAGUAUUGAUAGCUUAUACCAUAUCACUGUGAUGUUUCCGAAAUAGAUCACCCAAGCAUGUUUUGACAUUUUCCAUGACCUAUUAUCUGUAUUUCUGGAGAAUAUUGACUGCAUUUGACAGCACAAAUAAUAUUGACAUCUUGCAGGAUUUGCUAAUAAAUAUGCAAAAAGAAAUUAUGUUGCAAGUGUAAUGCAGCAUCACUUCUUGCUUUGACAGAAAGCAACUAUUGGGUAUAAUAUAUUCUUUGGAAUCCUUCCAUCUGUGUAAGAUAAUGGACAUACUAGACAUGAUGCAGAAUACUUCUUUGACAGUUUCCUGGUGCAAUAUAUUACAGAGCCAAUUAGCAAUAAAGGUAUUUUGGAUCUAGAA